AGAGCCCCACUCAUCCCCUGAAUCGGAUGUAGCGUCCUCGUCAUCUUGGUCCGCUACACGGAUUUUCUUCUUUGUCGAUGUGGAGUUGUUGUCGCCGCUCACAUCUGACCCCUCUGAAUCUGAAGCUAACGCCACACGCGACUUUCGCUUGCUACUCAUGCUGCUCAAUGCCGCCGACGGCUGAGCACACCCUUGUUUUUGCCGUUGUUAAGUAACACUCAGCUAACCCCUUGCAACCGGCGAACACACAGAUACACAAUAACACCAAAUAGAUCACACGGUCACCGUCGAGCUCUGGCCAAGUCCGAUGUGAUUACAGCCGACUGAAUACGCUCAGGCAGCUCGCAACAACAGAGUAAUUCCUCUACUUCUCUCUAUCCGAUUGUCUCAAAUGGUAAGUAGGUACGAGCGGCAGUUAUCAACCGUGGGCAACCACUGCAGGAUUAAACUUUCCACAAACGCAAAAUGCCACUGAAAGGCCGCAGAACAGAGCUGAACAAGAACUGAUGGCCAAGGAGCAAAAACAGUCGCGGAGUCUUUGCACUUCACGAACAGCGAAUCGUAUUGCUGCCUGGACCGCUACGUUCCUUUGUAUGAGUGUUAUGAGAGGGCUAGUGGCUAAUGGCGCGACCAUGUUGUGCCGGAGAGAAGAACCAGCGACAUAAACACGAACAACAAUAGCGGCUUGAGCACACAAUAGCAGACGACACCGUGAACAAUCGAGGGUGGAAGCGACACCUGGCGGAGCCAAGAUGAGCUCAGGAUGAUGCAGCCGCUACGGCGCCGGGCAGCAGCCACGGCAAAUGCAGUGUACGCAGGAAACCACCCCGCCGGCACCCUGGCUAUAGUUGCACUGUAUAGAAAAAAAAUACAGGCUAGUAUUGUGACUGGAGAGACGAUCCGCAGCUGCAACAACGAUAUCUCUAAAGAAAAAACAUCGUUUCUGCUUGUAUUGGGUCUAUUCUAUGUUUGCACCGGUAGAGGGUCACGAGUCGAUUUCGGAUGGUUCCUUGAAGGAAUUCACCCGCAUAUGUGGUGCUCGAUGGGUAUCGGACUUGCAAUUGCGCUAUCAGUCGUUGGGGCCGCUGCAGGAAUUUACACGACUGGUGUAUCGAUCGUUGGCGGUGGUGUGAAAGCUCCUCGUAUUCGAACAAAAAAUUUGGUAUCCAUCAUUUUCUGCGAAGCUGUGGCCAUCUACGGAAUAAUUAUGGCGAUCGUUCUCAGCGGAAAUGUUAACGACUUCACGAAAGAGAACGCAUCUGCAGAUGCGAUGAUGAGAAAUUACAUGUCCGGCUAUAUCAUGUUCGGUGCAGGCCUGACAGUUGGCCUAGGAAAUCUGUUCUGCGGAAUGUCCGUCGGAAUCGUUGGAUCAGGUGCCGCUUUAGCCGAUGCUGCUAAUCCUGCGUUGUUCGUCAAACUUCUCAUUGUUGAGAUCUUUGCCUCAGCUAUCGGAUUGUUCGGCUUAAUCGUGGCCAUUAUCAUGACUUCAAAGAUCAAGAUGGGCGACAAGUAAAUGCAAAAUUGAAAACAAAAAUAGCAGAUAGUGCGAAGACGCAAGUGUGACGACAAAAAUAACUGUGACCAUAUGACCUAUCGAGAAGUACGUUAAAGCAUAUGAACAUGCAACAACGCGAAUGUUGCAGUCACUGUAGCAGCAAAGCAGGCAGCAGCAGUAGCAAGAAAUUCUAUGUCGCGAAUGCAGUCAUUGUUUCUCAUAGGUCCCAUAGUUCUCUCGCUGUGGUGGUUUAGCCAAAAAAAAAACUACUUCCUUUGCACGUCAAGGAUGCAGAUCCUAAACUAUCCUUUUUGACGCGCUCAAAAGAUGGUUGAUUUAAUACGCACCAUAGUCCCUAGAGUUCAUUGUAUCGAUUCCGCGCCUUGUGCAAAUAGUCUAAUCGAACUUAGGUAGACACAGUACAUUGCUUUGGGAGGGCAUGGGAAAAUGCAAGAGAAAUUUUUAUAAUUGCUAGAUUACUAUAAUUGUAAUUAUUUCGCUCUUUGAGCAUUAAUUCAUGAUAGUUAUAUUUGCCGAGAAAGCUGUUUUCAGUGAGUAGUUUAAGAAAAUAGGUGAUGUAUUAGAUCAGCUGUCGAAUCGCCUGCAAGGAGGAACGUACCUAACGUAGCUCAAAGAUUUGUGCAAGAAUACAACGUUCGAAGCAAGGUUUGACAAGACAACGGCCGGGCUAUAAUGUGUAUGAGGCAGUCUGCAAAAAAAUUUGCAACCAUAAUGAAAAAAGUGAAGUAUUCAUGCCUUUCUAAGAAGUUACUCGAGAAUUUGAUCAAACACAUCUUUAUGUUGCAUCUAAAUGGGUUGCUACGUCUGUAUCGCGCAGACACUAUAGUUAUGUUGCUAUACGACAUCGAAAAUUCGCUUUCUAAUUUAUGGUUUGGCUUUUCGAUACGUAUCCUCUUCGCAAAAAGUGUAGCACAUAAAAACACAAAGAAAAAUAGAAAAUGGUAUUAGUGGCUCAGUUUUAUUUUAUCCGUCUCAUCGACCUGAUAAACCUUGCCAAAUUUCCGAUAUGGUGUCAAAAAACAGCGUUACAACCAUAAGGAAAAUACAAAACCGAAAUAUAAAUGCAGAAAGAGAGAAUGGAUAGAAUUAAUAAAUAUUUAUUACUAGAAAAAAAAAACAGCUCAGAAGAAGUAUUUUAAGCAAUUGGAGGAGUAACGUACCUAAAGGUGGAAAAAUAUGAAUUUGUUUGUGCUUGGAGUAUAAAAUAGCUAAUUGUCGAGUUAAUAACGAGUGAAUAAUUAGCUAAUAAUUAAGAGAAACCAAGCAAGUCAAAUAGAACGAAUGAAAAAUAAAAAUUUAUAUAACGGAAAAGUAUUAAAAUGGAAUUCAGAUGAAGCGUGAAAAUUUCAAAAGAAAGACGACGUAACAGAGAAUGCAAA